CUUACUCUCUCAGUUCCUGGUUCUUCAAUGGCUACCAAAAUCUCAACCUGCAUUCCCUUUCUUCUAUCCCUAGCUUUCACAUUUGCAGCCCUCACUUCAUCCACAACUGAAACUGACAUUCUCCUCACAUUCAAGAGCUCCAUUAAAGACCCAAGCAACUCUCUCUCCACUUGGUCCACCGCCUCGCCGGAUCACCACUGUAACUGGACCGGAAUCACCUGCUCCGCCCCUCCUUCAGCCACCGUGACCGGCGUCAACCUCCAAAGUUUCAAUCUUUCCGGCGAAAUCUCUGCUUCCAUCUGUCAGUUGCCCAAAUUGACCAUUCUUGACCUCGCAGACAACCUCUUCAACCAGCCAAUCCCACUUCAACUCUCUGCUUGCACUUCGCUGGAGACUCUGAAUCUCAGCAACAAUCUCAUUUGGGGCACUAUCCCGGACCAGAUUUCUCGGUUCAAGUCACUGAAGGUUGUGGAUUUGAGCAGGAAUCAUGUGGAGGGGCGGAUUCCGGAAGCCAUUGGUGGGUUGAUCAACUUGAGGACGCUCAAUUUGGGGAGCAACUUGCUUUCUGGUAAUGUACCUAGCGCAUUUGAAAAUUUGACCGAGCUGGUUUAUCUUGAUUUGUCUCAAAAUAGCUAUUUGGUGAGUGAGAUUCCUAGUGGGAUUGGGAAGCUUGAGAAGCUUGAGCAGAUUCUGCUGCAAAGUUCUGGUUUUUAUGGCCAGGUUCCUGAUUCCAUUGUGGGUUUGCAGAGUUUGGUCAUUUUGGACCUGUCUCAGAACAAUCUUAGUGGUGUGUUCCCUCAAAAGUUUGGUUCUUCUCUCAAGAACCUUGUUUCUUUCGAUGUUUCUCAGAACAAGCUUUUGGGUUCAUUUCCAGAGGGUUUGUGCAAUGCCAAAGGGCUUAUAAAUCUCAGCCUUCAUACCAAUUCGUUUGAUGGGACUUUACCUAGUACCUCCAUUGAUCAGUGCUUGAAUCUGGAGAGGUUUCAAGUUCAGAAUAAUGGCUUCUCUGGCGAUUUCCCAGAUGGGUUGUGGUCAUUGAGCAAGAUUAAGCUGAUUAGAGCUGAAAACAACAGAUUUUCUGGCAGGAUACCUGACUCCAUAUCCGAAGCUGCUCAACUCGAGCAAGUUCAGAUAGAUAACAACAGCUUCAGCAGCGAAAUCCCAGCUGCUCUCGGGUCGGUAAAGACCUUGUACAGAUUCUCAGCUUCCCUCAAUGAUCUCUAUGGUGAAUUACCCCCAAGCUUUUGUGAUUCUCCUGUAAUGAGCAUCAUGAACCUCUCCCACAACUCUCUUUCUGGCCCAAUUCCACAGCUGAAGAAUUGCAGGAAGCUAGUUUCACUGUCACUGGCAGAGAACAGUCUCACGGGGGAAAUCCCAGCUUCCCUUGCUAACCUGCCAGUACUAACGUACCUCGACCUGUCUAACAACAAUCUCACUGGCUCGAUCCCUCAAGGGCUUCAGAACUUGAAGCUUGCUCUCUUCAACGUGUCCUAUAACCGGUUGUCCGGUAGAGUGCCUCCAGCUCUCAUCUCGGGCCUGCCUGCUUCUUUCAUGGAAGGAAAUCCCAACCUUUGUGGUCCUGGAUUGCCCACACCUUGUUCAGAUGAGCUUGCCAGAGGCCAUAAUCACAAUCGACAUAGUGCUGUGGCAUUUGCCCUUAUCACAAUAUCAUUUGGUGUUGUUAUUUUACUCGUUGCAGCUGGAAUUUUCACUUACCAUCGAUCUUUUCAUCGGAAAGCUCAAAAGGGAGGUUGGCAUUCUGUGUUCUUUUAUCCUCUAAGGAUCACUGAGCAAGACCUAAUCAUGGCAAUGAAUGAGAAAAGUGCGAUGGGCAGCGGUGGAGGAGCUUAUGGUAGAGUUUAUGCUGUGACACUACCUAGUGGCGAGCUUGUUGCUGUCAAGAAGCUUGUGAACAUUGGGAACCAGUCUUCAAAAUCACUGAAAGCUGAAGUGAAGACACUGGCCAAGAUCAGACACAAGAACAUUGUGAAAGUUCUCGGGUUCUGCCAUUCGGAUGAAUCGAUCUUUCUGAUCUAUGAGCACUUGGAGAAGAGAAGUUUAGGGGAUAUGAUCAAGAGACCUGAUUUCCUGUUGCAAUGGAGUUCAAGAUUGAGGAUUGCCAUUGGAGUUGCUCAAGGGCUAGCUUACCUCCACAAGGACUACAUCCCACAUUUACUACACCGAAACGUCAAGUCCAACAACAUUCUUCUGGAUGCUGAUUGUGAACCAAAGCUCACAGAUUUCGGUCUCGAUAGAGUCGUGGGAGAAACCGCUUUUCAGUCGACCAUAGCUUCGGAGUACGCACCUUCCUGUUACAUUCCUCCUGAACAUGGAUACAGCAAGAGAGCAACUGAGCAAAUGGACGUGUACAGCUACGGAUUGGUGCUCCUAGAGCUCAUAUCAGGAAGACAAGCUGAGCAAGAUUGCUCAGGAGGUGGAGAUUUUGUAGACAUCCUGAAAUGGGUUCGAAGGAAGAUCAACAUAGCUAAUGGAGCUAUCCAAGUUCUGGACCCCAAGAUAUCAAACUCUUCCCAGCAAGAAAUGCUGGCAGCUCUUGACAUUGCCCUUUGUUGCACUUCGGUGGCACCUGAGAAACGGCCAUCGAUGUACGAGGUUGUUAGAGCAUUGCAGUCCUUGAGCACUAGGAGGGUCCAAAUUCCCGAAACAGCAGAGGAACCCGACGAUGUCCCAGUUUGACAAAUGGACAUCAACAAAGGGUUGCUGCUUUUGAGAGUUCUGUUAUCGGCCCUUGUUAUUACCUGUAUCUGUAAAUGAUUCACAUUAGAGCUCGCUGCCCUAUCAUAUGUUGUCGAGAAUAGAGAAGAAAAUGUGAUGUUCAUUGUAUAUUAUAUGAUCUGCCAGAACUUGAUAGGGGACUUCUAUAGGGAUGCUAGAGCACUUCCUUCUUUAUGUUCUGUAUUAUUGUACACAAAGUUGAAGAUCCAAGAAUGAAACUUUUGGCUUGGUAGAUCAUGGUGCGUGUAUUAACAUGAUACUAAUG